UGGCCACAUGACCUCUUGUAAAACACAUGGGUGUUUAUAUUCCACGUGUUUUCGUGGUCACAUGACUGUAAUCUCGGUAAAACAGCCCCAACCGAUACUUCAGGCUGGAGAUUGCCUGACACAUCAGUGUAGAAGCUGUUUCUGCUCAGUACCACCGACUCUCUCCUCUUCCAUUCAGAGCCCCACUGAGUGAAGCCCACCGGUUUAGGAGAUGGCUCGGACAGCGGCGGUCGUUGUCCUGCUUUGGUCCGUGCUCGCAGGGGCGUCCGCGGGGGUGUUUUUUAACCAGAAGCAGCCCUGCUAUGUCCGCACCCCGAGGAGACACGACUUUGGACUCAAGACCGGUCUUCUUCCUCAUGAGUAUUUAAACAUCUCUGAUCUGCCCAAGUCAUGGGACUGGAGGAACAUCAAUGGCACCAACUAUGUCAGCACGACCCGCAACCAGCACAUCCCCCAGUACUGUGGCUCCUGCUGGGCCCAUGGCAGCACCAGCGCCAUGGCAGAUCGCAUCAACAUUAAGCGGAAAGGAGCGUGGCCAUCUGCCUAUCUCUCUGUCCAGCAUGUGAUCGACUGCGGCGAGGCCGGCUCUUGCCACGGAGGGGAUCACAGCGGGGUUUGGGAAUAUGCUAACAAACACGGAAUCCCGGAUGAGACCUGUAAUAACUACCAGGCUAAAGACCAGACGUGCAAGCCAUUCAACCAAUGUGGCACCUGUACCACAUUUGGAGUGUGCAACAUUGUGAAGAACUACACCCUGUGGAAAGUCGGAGAAUAUGGAUCUGUCAGUGGGAGAGAGAAGAUGAUGGCAGAGAUCUAUGCUCGAGGACCCAUCAGCUGUGGGAUUAUGGCCACAGACCAGCUGGAUGUGUACAGCGGAGGCGUCUACUUUGAAUACCAGGAGGAACCUUUUGUCAACCACAUCGUGUCGGUGGCAGGAUGGGGAGUGGAGGACGGUGUUGAAUACUGGAUUGUACGCAACUCCUGGGGAGAGCCAUGGGGCGAGAAGGGCUGGCUCAGGAUUGUGACCAGUGCCUACAAGGGAGGAAGUGGCAGCACGUAUAACCUGGCAGUGGAGGAGGACUGCAUGUACGGAGACCCAAUUGUCGCUAAAGCCUACCUGUAGAGGAGACCAGCAUCACAGGUCAUCACCGCACACUCUGUCUUCCUGUCUCAGGUAGAGACAAACAUUUUACAUGUAAAAUGCUGACAAGGGAAUAAGUAGAUUUGUUUUAUAACAAUUUUUGCAUAUUUUUUUUUACGUUAAUGGAUAAAAUUUUAGUGCCAGUGUCUUCAGCUGAAUAUCAGACCUGCUCGAAUCAUUGCAGCUGUAGUUUUUAAUCACGUGGAGGACAGCAGGCUGUUUAACAGACUGAAAACCUUUAAAUGAAGUGAGAAGAGUGAAAGACAUGUUUCUGCCCUGAAUGAAUUCAAGUACUGUGUGUUGAGCAGCCACUAGUGAUGCCUGUAGAUAAAAUCAGUUUGAGCAUUAAGACAACACAGGGUUUUGUUUUAUUUUACAUAUACUGAGUCAGCCAAAGAACCGAAUGUGUAUAAUUUGUCCGACACUGUUUUCAGUGUGUGGUGUUUUAUGUAUUGACAGUAUUGCACUACACCCUGAUGUGGGAUCUGUACACAAAAUGUGGAAAGAACUCAACUUUGUGUGCCUUACAUGCACUUGACAUCAGGUUUUAUGUAAUUAGAUGUUUUUUUUAUGCCAAACUAUCUACACUGUAGAACAAAAAGAGCAUUUUGUUUUAAACUGUUGAUAAACAGCAUUUAAGUGAUGCUUCACAUAAAA